AUGGAGGGCAUCAGUGGCAUCGACCAUCGCUACGGCCAAGGCGCCGAUCCGAAGCUGCAGCCGUACGUCGCACUGCUCAAGACGCUCCUCACGACCACGAGAGCGACGAUUGAGCUUCUCUUUGCGUCGCAGUGUCUGCUCUUUUCGAUCCUCGCGGUGCAGGGACCACCAAGUGACGCGAUCACGUGUGCGUCGGUGGCGGCAUCGACGCUCGACACACAUUGA